GCCUCUGCGUGGCCCCGGGGCCACGGCCACGCCCCAGCCCGCCCGCUGAGGGAACAAAACAUUCCCCCGGCCAGAAGCGGGGAGAAAGGGGCCACACCGCGCGGCCUUGUGGGACCCGGUGAUGACAGGGUGUCAGGCUCACUGGAAGUGACCGGGCCUGGGGAACAGGUGAGGCAUGGCGCAGGUGGAUGGGGCCCCCCGGCCCGGGGCUGCCCUGGGCCAGCCCUGCAUCUUCAAGCUGGUUCUCCUGGGCAGUGGUUCUGUGGGCAAGUCCAGCUUGGCUCUCCAGUAUGUGAAGAAUGACUUCAAGAGCAUCCUGCCGACCGUGGGAUGUGCGUUCUUCACAAAGGUGGUGGAUUUGGGGGCUGCGUCUCUGAAGUUUGAGAUCUGGGACACGGCUGGCCAGGAGAAGUACCACAGUGUCUGCCACCUCUACUUCAGGGGUGCCAAUGCUGCGCUUUUGGUGUAUGAUGUCACCAGGAAGGAUUCCUUCUGCAAGGCGCAGCAGUGGCUGAAGGACCUGGAGGAGGAGUUCCACCCGGGAGAAGUCGUGGUGAUGCUGGUCGGGAACAAGACGGACCUCAGCCAGGAGCGGGAGGUGACCCUUGAGGAAGGGAGGGAGUUUGCAGAGAGCAAGGGGUUGCUGUUCAUGGAAACCUCGGCCAAACUGAACCACCAGGUGACGGAAGUCUUCAGUGCUGUCGCCCGAGAGCUUUUGCAGAGAGAAGAGAAGAAGGAGGGCCAGAGGCAGCAGGGAGAUGCGCGGCUGGCUCUGAAUGGGACGCCCCCGGGGCGGGGCAGAUGCUGCGCGCGCUAG